AUGGCUUUAUUGGAUGCUUGUGAGUUACACACGCUCGAGACUAAAAUCUCUGGACAAUAUGGACCGACGGUUGUAGGAUAUCACGAGUUUACUUCUGUGUCUACACUGGAUGGACUGCAGAUUGAUUAUUAUGACAGUGUGACAAAGAAGCUGAUUCCCAAACAGGACUGGAUGAAGGAGUUUGCAUCUACAGACAGAUGGGAAGAAUACACUGAGAUCAGAGAACGAAUGCAGCAGACCAGAGAACUCAACAAUCCUCCUCCAAUGCGAUUCAGUCCUCCACGUGGUGUUCAGAAGUAUCAGAGAGUGUAUGGAUGUGUUUGGGAUGAUGAGACUGGAGACAGACGUGGGUUUGAUGAGUACAGUAAUGAUGGAAAGGAUUUCAUCACACUGGACCUGAAGGAGAACAGAUACACUGCAUCUUCAUCACAGGCAGGUGCCACAGUGAUGAAGUGGAACUACGAAAGAGAACGGCUUGAUUUUCUGAAACGAUACUACAGAUAUGAGUGUUUUUACUUUCUGAAAGAGCUCCUACAUUUCUCUAAAGCUUCUUUUGAGAAAGCAGGUAAAGUUCCAGAGUCAACAGGACGGAGUUUGACGGAGCCAACCCAUAAGAUUCUGACAGAGGUGGCGACCAACAGUAGCAAGUUACACACGCUCGAGACUAAAAUCUCUGGAAAAUAUGGACCGACGGUUGUAGGAUAUCACAAGUUUACUUCUGUGUCUACACUGGAUGGACUGCAGAUUGAUUAUUAUGACAGUGUGACAAAGAAGCUGAUUCCUAAACAGGACUGGAUGAAGGAGUUUGCAUCUACAGACAGAUGGGAAGAAUACACUGAGAUCAGAGAACGAAUGCAGCAGACCAGAGAACUCAACAAUCCUCCUCCAAUGCGAUUCAGUCCUCCACGUGGUGUUCAGAAGUAUCAGAGAGUGUAUGGAUGUGUUUGGGAUGAUGAGACUGGAGACAGACGUGGGUUUGAUGAGUACAGUAAUGAUGGAAAGGAUUUCAUCACACUGGACCUGAAGGAGAACAGAUACACUGCAUCUUCAUCACAGGCAGGUGCCACAGUGAUGAAGUGGAACUACGAAAGAGAACGGCUUGAUUUUCUGAAACGAUACUACAGAUAUGAGUGUUUUUACUUUCUGAAAGAGCUCCUACAUUUCUCUAAAGCUUCUUUUGAGAAAGCAGGUAAAGUUCCAGAGUCAACAGGACGGAGUUUGACGGAGCCAACCCAUAAGAUUCUGACAGAGGUGGCGACCAACAGUAGCAGUAAGUUAAAACCUGGUUCAUUUUAUCUCCAUGUACGGUACAUUUGACUUAUUUUAGGGGCCAAACACAUGAAAAUGCCUUUGCUUUUUAUCUGUUAUUGUUUUUAUUUUUUUGCCAUAUUAUUCAUUUCAUAUUUUGCAUAUGUUUCUCUGUGUGUUCUAGGAUCUGCAUCAGAUGCUUCAUACAUCAUGCUUAUAUUUGUUAUUUUCAUCCUAGUCAUUUUAAUAAUGGUGUGGUGUCAUGUUUUUUGUGAUGUUGAUUGUUUGUUCAAUAUUUUUUCAGAGUUACACACGCUCGAGACUAAAAUCUCUGGAAAAUAUGGACCGACGGUUGUAGGAUAUCACGAGUUUUCUUCUGUGUCUACACUGGAUGGACUGCAGAUUGAUUAUUAUGACAGUGUGACAAAGAAGCUGAUUCCCAAACAGGACUGGAUGAAGGAGUUUGCAUCUACAGACAGAUGGGAAGAAUACACUGAGAUAAGAGAACGAAUGCAGCAGACCAGAGAACUCAACAAUCCUCCUCCAAUGCGAUUCAGUCCUCCACGUGGUGUUCAGAAGUAUCAGAGAGUGUAUGGAUGUGUUUGGGAUGAUGAGACUGGAGACAGACGUGGGUUUGAUGAGUACAGUAAUGAUGGAAAGGAUUUCAUCACACUGGACCUGAAGGAGAACAGAUACACUGCAUCUUCAUCACAGGCAGGUGCCACAGUGAUGAAGUGGAACUACGAAAGAGAACGGCUUGAUUUUCUGAAACGAUACUACAGAUAUGAGUGUUUUUACUUUCUGAAAGAGCUCCUACAUUUCUCUAAAGCUUCUUUUGAGAAAACAGGUACAGUACCAGCGUCAACAGAACAGAUUUUGUCUGAGCCAACCCAAAAGAUUCUGACAGAGGAUGCAACCAACAGUAACAGAUCUGCAUCAGAUGCUUCAUACAUCAUGCUUAUAUUUGUUAUUUUCAUCCUAGUUAUUUUAAUAAUGAUUUCACUUUGGAACAACUGGAAUCACAUCAGACGUUACUUCAGUAAGGUCAGAUGUUUAAAAAAAAGAGAAUAAUUCCACUCCCAAAGGUACAUCUAGUACUGAAGACUGUAGUCAAAGUGAGCAGUCCCUCAUCGAAUCUUCAGAACCAUUAGCUUCAUCACCAGAGGAAGGAUCUUCAUCACUACCCAACAUCUGACACAUUUUGAAAAUUACAAGAAACAUCAAAAUACUUUUGAAGAUUUUCAAUGAACAUUCAUCUCUAUAUUUUACCUUUUCUUCCAUCUGUCAUCUUGAGAUUUUUAGCAUUUCUUUUAGAAUGAAUUACUUAGCUGCUUUUCCACCGUUGGGUCAAUCCAUUGUCUUCAGUGAACUGUUCAUUUCUGAUCUAGCUCAGCUGGUAUGGAUAUGGUUUAUUUUUUGGGCAGUUGGGAGUUCAGUGCCUUGCUCAAGGGCACCUAAGUUGUGGUAUUGGUAAUUAUGUGUGUUAGUACUUUAUAUGUGCCUUAUUUUCUUUUCUUUUCUUUGUUCUGGACUCAUUGAUCAGUUUAAGUUUGGUCUGGUGUUUUCUCAUUGGAUAGUACUUGUUGAGCUUGUGGUAAACAGAACAGAACAGAAAAAAAAAAAAAAAAAUGAUGACGACGUGACAUUCACAACAGUGUUCCCAUCAACAUGUAUUUACAUUUAAUUUUUUUUUUCAUCCUGUUUGUUUCAUUAUUUGUCUUUCUUGCCUUAUUUUGUGCUAUAU